GUGCUGGGACAUAAUUGAGAAGACUGAGAUGUUCUGGUGGAUCAUUAAGACACCAAUCCUGGCCUCCAUCCUGAUGAACUUCAUCCUCUUCAUCUGCAUCAUCAAGAUCCUCCGACAGAAGAUCAACUGUCCAGACAUUGGAAGAAACGAGUCCAACCAGUACUUGAGGCUGGCCAAGUCCACCCUGCUGCUGAUCCCUCUUUUUGGGAUCAACUUCAUCGUGUUUGCCUUCAUCCCAGAGCAGGUGAACACAGAGCAACGGCUGGUCUUCGACCUCAUACUGGGAUCAUUCCAGGGAUUUGCGGUUGCUGUUCUCUACUGCUUCUUAAAUGGAGAGGUGCAGUCUGAGAUGAAGAGGAAGUGGAGGUGGUGGAACCUGCAGCACCACAUGGGUUCUGACACCACUAAGCACCAGCACCCCUCUAUGGGGAACAGUACCGGCACCACUCAGAUCUCAAUGUUGAGCUGCAGCCCAACGACACGCCGCACAUCCUCCUCCUGCCCCCCUCCUCUCCCCUCUCCCUCCUCUCUCCCCCUCUGCCAGGAUGACUCCUCAAUGAUCUAA